CAUCAAGCAUUAAGGGGAGAUCACGGAUCACAGUUCCAUUACCCGUGGCCGCGGAUUACGCUGCCUUGAGACUGGGAGGGGGUUGCUUCACGUCCCGCUAUUUACGGCGUUGGGGCUGAGAGUGGAAAGGUGGACGCAGAGGGUCCAGAGGUCCAGCGAAGGGUGGCGCCCUGCGCAUGUUGUAGUCCAGCGCCUGGACGCACAGUGCCGCUUCCCAGGGGCCGGGGGACCCACAGCGACACGGUCGGCUCCUGCAGUCCGCUGCCUGGGCUCCACUGGCUUCUCGCUGCAGCUCAUGAUUCGGACAUUUCUGUGCGGGGACUGGCAACAUGUGCGCCCGGAUGGUGUGAAGUGUGACACGGCGGCUUUUGGGUUGCAUUUCUCUCGGAUACGCCGAGCAGGCUGCCCGACGUUACGGCGCACCUUGUGCAGUAGAGAACCAUGAGCACUGUGGAGGAGGAGCCGGAUCACAUGAUACCAUGAAGACAAGCCUACAGGUCCUGCGCUGCCAGCUGCUGAGUGUUCUAGCAUUCCUAGCACUGCCAGCAGGACUGGUGUCAUCAGCACAGGAGCUGUACCUCAGCCACACAUCCCAGGACUCUGUCUACAUGGCAGUCACACACAGCAGCCCCCUGUCCUCACCCAAACCUCCACCCCUAGACUGGCAUCAGGAGGGGUCGAGUAGCGGGGAAUGGCCACCCAAAGGCAUGCAACCCACAAAUGCCCUCCUUCCUACGGCUGCUCUUCCCCCUUUACACUUCCAUCGGCUUGCCCAAGCUUCCAACUUAGCUCGCGAGGAUCCUCCCAGUUAUGACAGAGUCACCCCAAACACUGUGAGCACUGGCAGUCAUGUGAAUCACCCCAAAGAGCCCAGCUCUGAUGUUGUAAACAGAAGUCUCAUGCACAAAUUGGUCAGGGCCCAUAACCCAGUUACAGUCAGCACUAACCAGGCCAGCAGCAGCAGCAGUCCUAAAUUUCCUAAUGCAGAGAUGCCAAAUAUAGAUGUGGAAUCUGCUGCUAUAGGGGCCCCGAACCCCCUGGCACCUCUGUCCAGCUCUGGAGCAGAAAAAGGGGAUGCACUCGAUGCAAACCACACAGGGCCUCAGAAGCUGAGUGUAGAGGAACUCGGGCAGCGGCAUGCUCCACGCCUGCAGCCCCCCUCUUCACUCUCAGUCGAUGCUGAUGCUGCACGAGGCCUGAAACUCAGGAAGCAUGCUGUAGGAUCCCCGCACCACGCCAUCACCCUUCGCGAGGUGCAUGGAGUGGACGAGCCCCCCACUGCUCAGUUGGUUGUCACUGUCAAGAGCUCACCACAGAAUCAAACUUUCACUGCGUCCAGCACCCUGUCCACCGAGACGGGCGUCACAACACAGAAUUCAACACUCAUGCCAGCCACUCGCACUGCAGCGAACGACAUCACCACUGUGGAAAGUCAGUCUCAAGGUUCUGUCCAAGGUAACAGCACUGACCUGCUAGGGAAUGCAACUGCAUAUGGGGAGCACUUCUCCAAGAGCACAUCAGUCAAGAUGGAACAGCAGGCAAACAGCUCAGAGCCCACUUCCACAACCAGCGGGAACUUCCAGAUCACACAAUUGCCAAUCACCACCCCGACACCUGGCCACAACCCAGGCACUGCUAUCGACUCCACGUCAUCCCAAAAGGACAUCUGCUUUAGCAGGAUGGCCAUCGUGUGGAUCGUGCUGGCCAUCAGUGUGCUCGUGUCCUCGUGUUCUGUGCUGUUGACUGUGUGCUGCAUGAGAAGGAAGAAAAAGUCUUCAAGUCAGGAGAACAACCUCAGUUACUGGAACAACGCCAUCACCAUGGACUACUUCAGCAGACACGCCGUGGAGCUGCCCAGAGAGAUACACACUCUGGAGAGUGAGGAUCAUGACACCUGUCUACCCCCUAAUGGAGACUACAGCGGCAGCAGCGUGGUCCUGGUUAAUCCUUUCUGCCAGGAGACCCUCUUCAUCAACAGAGACAAAGCUUCUGCAAUAUAGAGACACAGAGGGGCGAGAAGCUCUGCGGAUCCUCGUCCUCCUCUCCCCCUGCUGUUCUUGUCUAUUUUAUAUAUGUGGUAAAUAUUCAGAGACUUCGACUUUAUACUGUAUAUCACAAACACAAAGAGCAACCUGAAAGAAGAGCGGCGUAAACAGACGCUUAUUUACUACGAGGAUGCACCUGCGUAUUUUUCUGAUGUACAUUUUCUACAAAAGGCUUAAUUGUGAUAAAGGUUUUUAUUGUCUUUAUAAAAUUACAGAGUAUAUGUGAUUUUGUUUCUUUGCAGUGGCUUGAUGGUGAGUGCACUGUGGAUGUUGCCACACAAAAUCUGCUUUAGAGAGAGACACAUGUGCUAUAAAAAAGAUUAAAGCUGUUCUUUGUAAUUUUAACUUUCCUUUAAAAUCAAUCCCUGAAUACUUACAGCCUGUUGAACUUGAAUAAGCACCUAGAUAAGUCGGGGGGAGGAGAGGCAGGGAUAUAUGGAGGAAUAAUGGUUGUGAAAUCUGAGCCUGUAUUUAUCAAACUUACGAAAAUGAUCAUUUAGAACUAAAAGUAAAGACUGGCAUUAAAAUGACUCAACCCUUAAGAGUGGCUUUCAAAUGAUCAGUUUGCUCAGAUUAGUCAGAUACACAGAUUGACCCGACAGCUGCACGAUUUUACCCAGUACAGCACAUUUUAACAUUAAAAAAGUAUGUUAUUUUAUCUGGUAAUUUUCUAAUUAAGAAGAUGAUUAAACAUCCAUCUAUUUUUUUGGCCAUUUAUCCAGCGAUUCACUGAGAGGUUGGAGCCAGUCAAUUACAGGCCUAAAACAGACAGACAAGCUUUGCCAGGCAUCGAGGGGACUAGGAGGUCUGAGGGGACGGUGUAAAACUGUAGUGGCAUCCCGGUUAUUAAACAUACAUAAAAUAAAACAUUAAAAUUAAUUUGCAGAGUCAAUACGUUUCUAUUCUGAAAGUAAGAAUUAAACUUCAUGGUUACAGUUUAAGCAAAGCAAUAAAAACUCGCUAAAGUGAAAAGAUGUUUCUGGGAGCUGGGCCCUUUCUGAAUUCACUGAUUCAGUUUGUUGUUUUAAAAAAUUAUUAUUCUAAAGGGAAAUUUAAACAUCAGAUGAAAUCAGGUAUACAGCUGCUAUACUUUAAGGUACAUCCUAGGAAUUAUAUAGCAGCUAAGGGGCUUUGACGCAGGCAGCAGUGCAUGGAUGAUGAUUCCAAACACCUUAGCCUCAGAAAAACAGUCAAAAACAGUGAAGACCUGAGCUGUGGUGUGCAGCAGACAGUGAUAGCAUGGAAACACACACGUUCACAAAAUCCGCAGUUCGUUUUUAGGUGAAUUUUAUCCCUCGGCAGUUUGAUAAAUACAGGCUUGGAUGUUAUCGGUCAGUCUGAGCAGGUCUUUGGGCGAUGUGGAGUCCAGCAUCCAGCAGUUUUGAAUAGCAGCUUUCAGCUCUCAAUAAAAAAUGGAGCGGACUUAAAAUGGCCUUUCCCCCUCAUGCGUCACCAGCUUCUCCGAAGAGGGACCACAUAGAUGUCUUAAUUCCUUACGUUGGCCCUUUAUAUAUCAGUAUGCGUGUGCAUGUAGGUGCACUGAAGCGUGCGUGUGAGCAGGCGAGCUGCGACGUGCCGCCCCCUUUAACCAAAUGUCACGGUUACUUUAAAGUUUGAUUGAGACUCCGUGCGACGUUCAGCUCAGUUUUUGUGCGUCCGUUCCUGUGUGUGCCUCUGUACGUUUGUCCCGUCUGUUUGUCUCUCGUGUAUAUCGUGGAGUGGCUACCGGUCAUGUGUGAGAAAGAGUUCCUCGCUGCUGUAGGAAACAUUUAGACCACCCUUGCUACUGUAAGUGUCUCCCUCCAUAGACGGCGUGUUUAUCCAGUAUUGCAAACCGUGUCAAAGGUUGUGUUAGAGGCAAUAAAAACAAAAAAUAAAAAAAAUAUAUUGAGACAAAUGAAGAAUGCUGUGAGCACGUACAGAGGCGAUUUAAUCAAAAGUGCGUUUGGAUAUUUAGUUUCACUAUUAAAUCUGUGGUCCUUCUGUCAUUUGUUUUUACUUUUGCAUCGCUGCCGUUUUAUUCAGUAAUCAAUGCUGUCUGCCUCUACUGUCGCUGAAGAUUCUCCGUAUUGUAUGAUGUUGUUCUGAGAUCACCGGGUGAAGAGGUGAUGGCGAACAACACAGCUAAACAUAUUGAUAUUUCCCGCAUUGGAUGCUCACAGCCGGGCUUGUUGUUUUUUUGCACGCUCAAAAAGUGGAUAUUUUACAAAAAUGUUCAGUGGCACGGUGGAGCAGUGUUCAACAUUAUGUAUUUUUUGUACUGUCGUAUACACACUGUACUUUUUACUGCUGAGCAAUAAAACAAUGGGGGAAAAACC